AACUGUGGUGUUUAAUGGUCCCAUGGUCUGUCACGAUGCGGCCGACACUAACCCUGAAUUGUGAGUAGGCCAAAACUUGGAACAGAUUUGAAAGAGGCGUUCGAUGAGCGCUGGUUUGAUUAGACUGAAUACCAUUUCCAAGCUAAACCGAGUAAUUUUAAUAUUAAUUAUUUACAAUUAAUUUUUCUACUAGUCUUUUGCGCGGGCGAUAAUUAAUUGGAAACAAUUCUCAUUGUAAUUAAAUUUUAUUAAAAUUUAAAUUCACUCUUGCUUUCCGGCUAGAACAAUUCUCUCCUGUCCAAAUAAAUUCAUUUUUAAGUAAUCGCUUAUUUUUUUCAUAUCUGGUGUUAGCGAAUCGUUGUGAUUAUUUCGAAACUAGCCCUCUUGCAAAAUGUUCACAGGUGUCCUCGCGAUGGGCCUCUUCACCUGCAUCGGUGCAAUCACCGUGUCGAUAGACCGUUCCGAUAACAAACCCGUAAGUAAACAUCAAUGAUACAACGUAAUUAAGCUGGCGCAAUUAAAUGUUCUUGCGAGCGAGCCGAGCAUCCUUGCCUCGGUUUGUUUAUUCUUACCAGUGUUAAAUUACGUCGAAACGUACGGAGAAAGCGCGAAGAGGAAGCAAAUCUAUUUGACAGACUUGCUGCAACUCUUUUUUCUUUUUUUUUUUUUUUUUUUUUUUUUUUUCUUCGUCCUUGUCGAAUCGAAUGGAAUGGAAAAUAACAUUGUUUUCUGAAAGUAACAGGACGAGUUCCAUUUGUUUAACGUAUCGGAAAACAAUUCGAAAUUCUUGGUGCAAUUUUGAAAAUAAAUAUUACUUUUAUUCCGUCAAACAGUUAAUUUUGUCUAUAUCCGUUCGUCGAAUUUAAACAAUUGUCACGUGAAAUAACAAUAACACAAUGAGUCGAUAAGCUUCGCUCCUAAAUUGAAAGGCACUUUGCACUUUUGUAAAAAUAUAUAUUCAUGAAGUGUAUCCUUACUUCUCGUUAGCAAGGUGUACGAUGAUUUAUAAGAUAUUUAUGUUGACGGAAGGGAUCGAUCCCUAGGCUGCAGUUAAUGCAACCGGAAGGAACACUGCUUCAUUUUUCACGUGCGAGAACCCGGUAUGGUAAACAGCGUCCCUCUUUGUCGAAGCUUCUAAAACAUUUAGCUUUGAAACUGUUUUUAAGCUAAUGCACGCGAUCCAUUAAACGUCUCUUUGGUUGACUAGCUCAGCUAAUAUUUAUCCAAUUUCUUCAAUCGAUACGUCACAAAGGAGCUCUGUUCUCGGAGCGUGCUUUAAUAGAAAAUAUGCAAGGACUUGGUUCAAAAUGGGAGAAGAAACUCUGCACACACUCUGGUGAAUGCUUGUUUUAUUCCUUACAAGUAACACUUUGAAAACUGAUGUUAUUUUCUUGCCAGCUCAACUGGUUCCGAACUGAAUCCAGUCUUCAAUGGACAGAAUUUAAAGUGAAAUUAAGCUCCAACAAAUUUAUUCAAUCACUGAAUGAUCCACUGAUAUUUCCCAAAAAGAUAACUUCCAGGUCAAACGACAUAUUAUUAUUUUAAUAUUUUAAAGCCAAUAUUUAUUAAAUAUAUAUUUGAUAAUAUUAUUCAAUAUUUUUAAUAUAUUUAAUAUUUUCGAUAUUUGCUUAUAAAAUAGUUGUAAUAUUUUGUCGCACAAAAUGUUAUUUAAUUUUUCCAGUAAAAAGGUCCAAAGAUGUCUAAACUCUAAUAAAACAUCGAAAAUAUAGUAUUUUCUACAAUUGUUUGUCAAGGCUCCAUUGUCUCUCAAUUCCUGAUCCGCGAAACUGCAAAUUUGCUUAGAAUCCCGCAGUCCAAUGAUUGCCACGAGUACUAAACUUCUAGUUUCACGCUAACUUCACCUUACAGCCACCAACGCGAUCAUCCAUGAUCGCAAACGGCUGGCGGCCAUUGACGAACGGCUACGAAGAAACGAUCGGGACGAACGUCUCGCCAUCGAGCAAUCUCGAGCGGAACGCUCCUCUGCACCCAGUUCUCGGCAAGUUUCAAGAGCACAUGGCCGCCUCGGAGAAGCUGAAGCCUCACCGAAAGGGCAAACCAUCAUCCUCCCAUCACGACUACAAUCCACCCAGUAUACUAGGUAGUUUCACGGUGCUGGGCCACGCCGCGGCGAAAGCGCGCGGCGAGGCUCAAUCCGGCCACGCGAGCAAACACGUCGGCUCGGAGACGCGUGAGUACACGUUCCUGAUCCCGCCGCCGAAAGACGCCUAUCGUUUCGACCUGGUGGACCAACCGCACCGAUCGAAGCCGAUCUUGCGAGACAGCAACGCGUACCUGCGCCCACAGCCACAGUUUGGCCCUCCGUCGUUGCAUCAACCGCCAGACCCGAUAAAGGCAGCCACGUAUUUCAUCAAAGGGUACACCUCCACCACGAACUCGCCGUCGUCGCCGAGCACCUCGACGAAGAACAGACACUACGGUGAACCGUACGUGCCUCAGUUGCUGCAACCGCCUAGGUAUCAGGUGAAGCCGUUCGAGUCGCUGAAAGUGUCGAGUAACGCGAAACCGUACUUCCAGCCGCCUGGCACGGCGCUGGCCAACGAUUUCGGCAAGGACAAACGACUAUCCGAUUACGAUCACAGGCAGAGCUACGACAAAUUCGCCGGCCAGGCGGCUGUCAGCCAAGACCACGCUGUGAUCGGUCCCGCUAGCACGGGCAACUUCUACAGCCAAGUGAAUCAUCCCUCACACUCGUACAAGAGUACCUCCUUCGAGAGGGAUCCCGCGUUCCUGGUGCACGAGAGCCACGAGAUCAGCUACAUCACGCCGCCUUCCAUCUACAACCCGUUCAAUUUCAGGCCGUCGUUGCCAUACGAGACUCUUCUGCCACCCGACGUGUACUCGUCGUCCACUGUCCCUGCGCCUACCACUCCCCGUACGCAGGAGUCGAGCAAGUUCCAGCAACAGAACUCCAGGGACAACGCGCAUGAUCGCAAGAGACCGGGCCAAACGGCGGGCAAAGUGAAACAACAACAACAGGUGGACAACAUAGGUGGUGAGGUCGAGAGCGAACUGUUGCCCACAGCGGGCAUAGCCAACACCUAUUACGUGUCGGAAGCUCAGGAUCUGACUCCCCCGCCGUCCGCGUGGCCAGUCCCGAAGAGCAAAUACCAGACGUCGGACAUAAACGAGGUGCUGCCCAGAGUGAAUCCCCCGUCCAAGUUCAGCCACGAGUCCAUAACGUCGAACCAGAUCCCUCAAGCGCCGAAAGUGGUGUUCAUCGGGCCGCAGUCGCAACAGCCGCAGUUCCAGAGCUCCGUAUUGCCGAUCGACGUCCAGCCGGAGUACGAAACACCGGAGAGUAUCUCGCUGAAGCAUUUCAACGAGCAGCAGUAUCUGAUCCAGCAGCAGCUGCUGCAGAGAGACCGGCAGAGGCUGGCCGAGCAGGAGAGGCAACAGCAGUUGGAGAUCGAGAGGCAGCAGCAGGAAGAAUUGAAGAAGAGGCAGGAGGAGCUGAGGCUGCUGCUGGAGCAGCAGAAGGAGGAGGAAGAGGCACGGCUGGCGGUGGAAUCGGCCAGCAACCACACGGAGAAAUUGACGAAAAUCCCCGCGGAGGGACAAUCGCCUUACGCGAUCCAGUUGGCAGGAUACGAGAUCCCGAAGGUUACCACGGACCUAGCCGCGGUGAUUACCGAGCAGAGCGGCGCUGGCCAGCAGCCAAAGGUUCAACAGUCUCAGGUACUGUUCGUUCGCGCGGGAACGGAGGGACGUCGCUUUGUGUUGCAACCGGAUUACUCGUUCUCGGAGCGACCCAGCGCCGGCCAGAGCCAGCAGUUGCAGGAUCACUCGAAGAAUCAGCAGGAGCAAGUGAAUUACCGGGAACAGCAGACUGAUGUACGAGCUCAGAGGCCGCAGAAGCCAUCGCGCGAUCAAUAUAGACGGCGAAAACCGAGCCACGCCGCGUCGUACGAGCCAACGCCAACGGAAACUCCGGUCCAAGUUCCAGAGACCUCUGUUCCGGUGACGCUGCACGUGUCGGAGGAAGUGCCUGUACAGACGACCACCGUGCCAGAAGCUGUCACGCCGGCGACGGCGAGCACGCAGAAGGCCAGAACUCGGAGACCAGGUUCCCCGCUACGUCGGAGGAGACCAACCACCACCACCACCACCACUGUCGAACCUGUCACAGCUGUGCCAGCGACGGACGACUACCUAAAGUACGAAAAACAAGAAGACGCGGUGCAGCAAGUGGACGCGGCCGCGAAGAGGAAACGGAUCAAGCCUACGCAGACGGUGACGUACGAGGAGGAGACAGUGACCGAGAAGAAAGCUAACAUCAGGAAACGGCCGGGCCACAGGAACAGAGUGAACCCGGGCGAGCCUUUCGAAGCUGAGAUCGUCACGGAGAUCGUUCACACGCCCGUGAACACGUACAGGAGUCCGACCGAGCCUGUUCAACUGUACGACGAGUACAACGCUCGCUUCGCAACCAGUCAGCCCAACCAACAACAGUUCGAGUUCGCGACAGUGGAGGAACAGCGCGAGGACAGCACGCAGGCCAUACCGCUGGAAUAUUACACCGAGUCGACGAAGCUGAGACCCGAGGAAGAUCCACGCAACGAGAGCUACGAUCCGCAGUUGCAAGGUUCGCCAGUCGCCACGAACAUCCCGCUGGAGGACCUAUUCGUUAGAACGGAAGGUAACUACUUCGAUCGAGGGGCCGUGGUGUCCACCAGCACGAGCGUAAGUACGAGUCAAAGCGUCACCCCGACGAUCGCCCCGACGAUCGCCCCGACGACCACGUCCACCGUACAGUCGAGCACGCAGGCGCCGUCGUUGAGCUCGUCGACCAGCAGAUCCCACAAGAUCCGACCGAUUAGGUACGGGAACACGACCAGACCGCGCUUCAGCAUCAAGGACUACAAGAGCCGAUUGGAUUACAAGAGCAGAUUAGCUCAGAUUCCCAGCACCGAGCCGUCAGCGACGCCAGCGUCGCACGCGAGGCAGAGAGGUGCCAGUAGUCACAAGAGUAGUCAACAGAGUCAGCAGCAGCAGUUACAAAACGCCGAAGGGGGGCGAGAGACGACAGGAAGGUACAAGUACGUCUCGAGGGUGAAUUACAGGACGUCCUCGGCGAGUCCCGCCGUGGCGAAGAAUCAAGACUCGGUGGUCGAAGACGGAGGAAUCUCCUCGACGACCGAGAGGAGCAACCGUUUCGUGCCGAAGAGGAGACCGGUGAAUGGCAACGUGUACAGAAGCAGGGUUUCAGGGACGACGAACGCCCCCCACAGGUCGCAGAGUCAUUACGACAGCGAUUCGCAGACGAAGGCUGGCACAGCCAGGCCCGAGAACGUGUUCUCGUCGUCGGUGCGACGACGACCGGUGAUGAAAAGCCGGCUGCCGGCGCAGAGCUCGACCGCGAGUUAUCCGGAUAGAAAAGAGGCGGAAGCCACUGAAAUGGCCGCGGAAGAAACCAGUUUCUACUCGUCGGUCACUACCACCAGCGGCACCACGAAACUCGCCGCUAACGAGAUCCCCACUGUCGAAAAAGAGGAAGAAGAAGCCGCUUCCACGAGCCUUCCAUCGACGCUGGAACCGAUUCCGCGCGUCGGAACAAGCACCGACAGCAGCGUGGAGCAGAGGGCCAGCGUCACGUCGGAACAGUAUUUGACGACGAGGCUGGAGGAAACUACGACCACGCGAAGCGAGAGCAAAGUCACGGAAACCACGACCGCGUUCGAGGUCCGAUCGGAGGACGAGGAACUGUUCGCGAAAGCGUCGCAGAGCGUGGCCGACCUCACCAGUUCCGCUUCUGCCCUUUACGACAAGCCCGGCAUGUUCAAGGCCGUGUCCCCGGAGAGCAGGCUGGUCUCCUCCCCGCACUUCAAGAUCCCCACCGACGAGCCGACCCUCCCCAUCGAGGCUUUCUUCCACGAACUGUCGUCGAAGAAGAGC